CGCAUUUGACGAUUGUUUGCCUUUCCACACAGAACAGAAUCGAAUCUGGUCGCCGGUCUACAUCAACGUUUUAACAACUCUGAACCCUAAACAAACACAGACUAAAUUCUAGUAAAUAACUUUAAGUGUGUGAGAAGCAAGAAAAUCUAAAUAAAAAUGAAGCUGAUGCUUGGAGUACUGGUGACCGUGUUGGCCCUAAGCGGAGUCUUAACAUUGCCAGCUCGCAACGACCCUCAAGACGAUGCGGAGGUGAUUAAAGUGCCAUCGCGCCCUCAGCCCGAAUCGGAUUUCCAUAACUUCCGCGGCGUCAUCGAUACGGGCUCCGGUUAUCCCUUCCUCCAGCCGAAUCCUUCGAGCUUCAAUGUGGGCUUCUUCGACUCCUUCGAUGAUCUGUUCCGUCGUCUGCGCACCCGUCUUUGGCCUGUGGUCGGCAGCGAAUCUGGUGAGGAUGGAGCUUCUCGGACUGGCGACUCUGAUGAUUCCAGUGAUGACAAUGGUUCUGGCUUCCCAUUCGGAGUGCGGCCCUUGAUUCCACUGGAUUCCAAGAAGGCUAAUACCACUUCCACUGUGAAGAUCGUCGAUGGUCACAAGGUGGAGAUCAACGAGACGGUAUAUGGGGACAGCAACAGUGUUUUCAAGGUUCGCUUGGUGAACGUGCGUCCUUUGGAAAGUGGCGAGGAGGUGGCCCAGGGAGUGCACACCAGUGGCGGCGACUUCCAGCCUGCUGCGGCUCCCAGCACCUCCGCCCCGUCCACUAAGGUCGGGGAGUUUGACGACGAGGAGGACGAGGACGAUCGCCGCGAGCCGCUGGAGAAGCAGCCACAGGAUAACGAGGUGCGCGACAUUGACGAGCCCAAGUCCACUCCACCAACAACCACAAGUUAUACCACAGAACUUGACCCCAGCUCACCCGCAGACUCAGAGUUCGAAGCAUCUGGUAUCAGUGAGGAAAUAGUGGAGACUCUCUCGGAAGAACAGAAGAAGACAAUGGAUCAGCUGCAGGAAAUGAUGGCAUCCGUGCAAAAGGAUAUCAAACAUGAAGAGGAUUUGGAGCAGUAUCACGAGGACAAAGAGUACUUGGAGAAGAAAGAGAAGAAGGAGCGCGAAGAAUUGGAGUCCUCAGACGACGAAGAUGGUGUCGCUACAACUCCAGUCGUGAUGAGCGAAACCUUCAACGAUGAGUGGGCUGAAUUUGAACAGGAUCAGGAUGAGGAUCAAGAUCACGAAUUGGACAUCGGAAACGAUCUGGAUAACGAAAUCGAUAUCGAGCAGAACUUUGUGCCAAUUGACCUUUCCAAUGAUAUAGCUGUCAACGAUAUUGCUGCCGCAGAUCCUAAUUUUCCGCAUAACCCCGACGCGGAGUUCAUUGUGAAUCCAUCUGAAAUUAGAACUAUGCCCAUGUUUGAAAAGCUUUCUUUAGGACAACCUUCGAAAUGAGACCUGUUUGUCCCCAUCUAGUCUAGGCAUCGUCUUAAAUCUUAAGUCCCUAGUCUGUAACACUUCGUCAAGAAUAUCUCUGAGAGAUCCAAAGAAAUCGGCUUUCUCUUCAACC